GGAAGACGAAUACGAAAUUACGAAGAGUCAAAGAGUGCGUCAUUGUUAAUUUCUGUUUCUAAAAAAAAGUUGUGAAUUAAUUGUUCGCUCUUGGGUUGUGUGCAUAAUUUUCAAAGCAAUUUAACAUUUCAAUCAUUAUAAAACAUUCCGAAAAAUGUCUCGAACAUCAGCUAAAUAUAGAAAUUUCGUUGCUGAACCCAUGGGUCAGAAAUCUGUGACGGAAUUGGCCGGCGUUGGAGAAACGCUUGGUGGACGAUUAACUGAAGCUGGUUUCGAUAAGGCAUACACUGUUUUGGGGCAAUAUUUAAUUCUCAAAAAAGACGAAGAACUCUUCAAGGAAUGGAUGAAAGAUGUCUGCAAUGCGAGCUCGAAACAAGCGUCCGACUGCUACCAUUGUCUUAAUGACUGGUGCGAGGAGUUUAUGUGAAUAACAUGUAAUGUUCAAAUAACUUUCCAUAUCUUUAGUGUAUAACUUCUAUAAAUAUAAUUUCUGUAAAACUUAGAAUCGUUAAUAUGUAUAAAAAAAAGUAAAAAACUAAAUUGUCCCGAGUAUAAAAAAAUGUUAACGUGCCUAAUACUACCUAUAGUUGCUGAA